AUGACAAUUCUGGGUUUAACCUAUGACAGAAAUCUAAACUUUAGACCCCAUCUGGAACGAAUCACAGGAAAAGCCCUAAAUAUCUAUAAGGCAAUAGCCCAAGCGGCAAAAGCAACUUGGGGACUGAACCCCGACAUCAUAAGAAUUAUAUACACGGCAGUCAUAGAGCCCAUUAUGCUAUACGCUGCAAGUUCAUGGGCAAUCACUACGAACAGAGAGUACAUUAGGCGUAAACUAGACAAUCUAUCCAGGAUAUUCGCCAUCAAAAUAUCGAAAGCUCACAGGACAGCCUCAUACACAUCAGUGCUCCUUUUGGGAAGAAUCCUACCGCUCGACCUCCGGAUAGCGGAGGCUGCUGAGCUAUACAAAAUCAAAAAUGGCUCGCCGAUCCCCAUGCUACCAGGUAGACCUAUAGAAAAGAGAACAAGCAUAUAUAGACUACCCCAUCCAGCCUGUAGAGAUGACCUACACUUCAAGAUAUUACAAACCCAAGAAGAGCUGAUAGAGGUAACAAACAAAACCCCGACCAUUUAUACCGACGGGAGUAAACUAGAAGGAAGAGUCGGUGGAGCUGCAACUUGGUGGGAACAGGGGGAAGAGAGGAAAUCCAAAAGCUUCCGUUUAAACCCGUACAACUCAGUCUUCCAGGCGGAAAUAGUCGCAAUACAAGAAGCACUAAUGAUGAUAGCAAAAUCACAACAUAAAGUAGUCAACAUCAUUAGUGACUCGAGAUCUGGGCUGCAGGCCAUUAUUAACACCAACACUACUCACCCAUUAAUCUUCAAUAUACAAACCACCAUGAGGAACUUGGCCAGUAUGAACAAGACAGCAAACCUGUUCUGGAUAAAGGCCCACGCCGGGAUACCAGGCAAUGAAAGAGCUGACGAAAUAGCAAAAAAAGCAGCCUUAACUAACAAACAGGCACCAAAAUACGAUGGAGUCCCACUAUCAUAUGUACGACACACACUAAGGCAAACCACCAUAGACAAAUGGCAACAAAGAUAUACUGAGGCAACGACGGGAAUGACUACAAAGAUGUUCUUUGUAGAUGUUCGCCGCGCCCACAAGAUACUUAGUAAAAUGAAAGUUAACAACAUCAUAGCACAGCUCUUAACUGGCCACGGUGGGUUCGGCGAAUAUCUAUUUAGGUUCAAACUCAAAAGCAAUCCCUACUGUGAGUGUGAUGGCGGGGUCUGUGAAACUGUCCUCCACAUUCUAACAGAAUGUCCUAGGUUCGGAUUUAGACGCAUGGAAACAGAACAGAUCUUGGACUUUGCCAUGGACACUCAAAACUUCCCCAGUAUUAUCGAGGACGACAGUGCUAGAGAAGCGUUCCUGAAAUUCGCUAUAAACAGUAUAAAAAUUGCCAACAACAGAAAUAAUAGUAUAAUGAAAUACGCUAUAGAUUAA